UGUUUAUAAUACUCCGGUGCUUUCCAAAUUCCAUUCAAAUGGACGAAAUCCUGUUUCCCACGCAGCAGAAAAGCAAUUCCUUGAGCGACGGCGACGAUGUCGACAUGAAGUUCUUCCAAACGUCCUCCGGCGAGCGGAAAGACAGCGAGACCUCGGAUCAGGGAAACGAUGCGGAUCGUGAUGGCAAAGAUGCGGAUGGGGACAACGACAACAAGAACACGGACGGAGAUGGUGACUCCGGCGAACCGGCGCACAAAAAGCUUAAGACCAAAAAGGAACUGGAGGAGGAGGAGCGCGAACGAAUGCAGGUUCUCGUUUCCAACUUUACGGAGGAACAGCUAGAUCGCUACGAAAUGUAUCGGCGGUCAGCCUUUCCCAAGGCCGCCGUCAAGCGUCUGAUGCAAACUAUCACCGGCUGUUCCGUGUCCCAGAAUGUUGUGAUAGCCAUGUCCGGCAUUGCCAAGGUCUUCGUCGGCGAGGUCGUGGAGGAGGCCCUCGACGUGAUGGAAGCCCAAGGGGAAUCCGGUGCCCUGCAGCCCAAAUUCAUACGAGAGGCAGUGCGUCGACUGAGGACUAAGGAUCGGAUGCCCAUAGGCCGAUACCAGCAGCCCUAUUUCAGACUGAACUAGCGAGUUGUGGAAUUAAGAAAAAUACAUAGUUUGUAAGGCUCAUAGUCAAUAUAAAAUAUAUGUAUAAAGAAGAAAAAGGUAAAUUAAUAUACAGGUUUUUUUAUUA